ACGUCGCUGCAGACGUACAGGAAGCGCCGCGGUUCCAGUUUGACGGCCGGACGCGCUGCUCGUACACGUCCCCGUACACGUCCCGGUACCGGACACGGUUCACGUAAACAGUGCGCGCUUCUUACGGAAUGGACAGCGCGCGCACGCGCUCACCGCGGCACUUUUCCGCCUGAACCGCGGACAGAAAGCGUUUUACGAGCGUCUUAGGAGCGUUUUACGAGCGUUUUGGAGCUGAGGGGAGCGGGACACGUCCGCCCCGCCGCGCCGCGUUUUCUCCCCGAUGUGGCGCAGAGUUUUUCCGCACAGCGCGGAUGGAGACGAGCGCAAAGGUGUGAGAGCGCGGCGGUGAGAGCGUCACCGCCCGCGCCCCUCUGCGGCGGAGCGGAUCUGCCGCGCUCCAGGAGUUGAGACGCGUCACAUCCUAAAGAGGAACCAUGAAGAAAGGAGAGAACCCGGAGAACCCGGAGAACCCGGAGACCCGAGAGACUCGGGAGACUCGGCACAAGAGGAAGCUGAGCACCGGGGAGAGCGGCGGAGACGCGGCGGGAGCGGCAGGAGCGGCACCGCGGCGCAGAGCUCAGGACGUCUCUGCUCCUCCUCCUCUUCUGUUCCGGAAGCUGUCUCACCCGGACCUGUCUCCAUCCGCCGCCAAAACCAAGACCAGAACUAAACCAGGACUGAGCCGCCAACUGAGCCAGGACGAGACCAAGACCAGGACCAGGACCAUGACCGGGAAACAGCUGCUGCCUCUGUCCUGCAGUCUGCACAGUCAGCUCUCAUCUGAACCAGGACCCGGACCAGGACCGGGACCAGAGGGGGACCUGCUGAGGAUGAGAGGACACACUCUGGGACAGUCUGCCCCCUCUCUGACCACUCUGAAGGAGUUGUCGUUGCCGCACAGAGGAAGUUUUUGUCGCAGUAACAGGAAGAGCCUCAUCGUGUCCAGCACCUCCCCCACUCUGCCCCGCCCACACUCACCUCUGCACACAGGUCCCAGUCCUCUGGACAGUCCUCGGACCUUCUCCCCAAAUGCUGCUGCUCUCUUCUCCUUCGCUCCACCCAGAAGCGUCGGGCACCGAGCAGACAGGUCGGAUCAUCGUCGUUGGUCUUUGGCGUCUUUACCGUCGUCUGGAUACGGAACCAACCCCCCGAGCUCCACCGUCUCUUCUUGUUCGUCUCAGGAGCGGUUACAUCAGUUGCCCUUCCAGCCGACUCCAGAUGAAAUCAGGUUCUUCACCCGACACUUCAGCUCCAACCGAGACCAACCAGACCCGCCCAAGACCCGGCCCAGGUCCAGGUCCCUGAGUCCCGGUCGGUCUCCAGUUUCCUUCGAUCAUGAAAUCCUGAUGAUGAACCAUGUUUAUAAAGAACGUUUCCCAAAGGCGACGGCUCAGAUGGAGGAGCGUCUGGAGGAGCUUGUGGAGCUGUUGUCCUCGGUUCCUCCUGGGGGGGACGGCGUGGACGGGGAGACGUCCGGCGGUGAGGGGGGGGUUCUGUCUGACGGGGUCCUGAGCUUCAUCCAGCACCAGCUCCUGGAGCUCACCAGAGACCUUCUGGACAAGAGCCGCCAGAGACUCAUCACCUCACGCUACUUCUGUGAGCUCCAGGAGAGUCUGGAGAAACUUCUGCAGGACGCCCUGGAGCGCUCGGAGGGGGCGGAGCUGACCUCGGUGACCCUGACCAUCCGGCGUCUGAUGAUGACCAUCUCUCGGCCGGCGCGGCUCCUCGAGUGUCUGGAGUUCGACCCGGAGCAGUUCUUCCACCUGCUGCAGGCGGCCGAGGGUCAGGCCCACGGUGAAGGCAUCAGGAAAGAUCUGCCCAAGUACAUCAUCACCCAGCUGGGCCUGGACCGGGACCCGCUCCAGGAAAUGGCUCAACUCAACGACAACGAGACUCCAGAGAACGACAACAACACACAGGCGUCUGCUCCAGCUCCUGCUCCUCACCACAAGAUCAAAACUCCUCAAGAGGAGGACUUCGAGACCAUCAAACUCAUCUCCAACGGAGCCUAUGGAGCGGUGUUCUUGGUGCGUCACAGAGAGACUCGUCAGCGUUUUGCUCUGAAGAAGAUCAACAAACAGAACCUUCUCCUGAGGAACCAGGUGCACCAGGCCUUUGUGGAGCGGGACAUCCUCACCUUCGCCCAGAACCCCUUUGUGGUUUCCAUGUUCUGCUCCUUCCAGACCAAGAGGCACCUCUGCAUGGUCAUGGAGUAUGUGGAGGGGGGCGACUGUGCAACGUUGCUGAAGAACAUUGGCGCUCUCCCGGUGGAAAUGGCACGUCUUUAUUUCGCCGAGACGGUUUUGGCGCUCGAGUAUCUGCACAACUACGGCAUCGUGCACCGUGACCUCAAACCGGACAAUCUCCUCAUCACGUCUCUGGGACACAUUAAACUCACAGACUUUGGACUUUCCAAGAUCGGCCUGAUGAGUCUGACCACCAACCUGUACGAGGGGCACAUCGAGAAGGACGCCAGGGAGUUCCUCGACAAACAGGUGUGUGGGACCCCGGAGUACAUCGCCCCUGAGGUGAUCCUGCGGCAGGGUUAUGGUAAACCUGUGGACUGGUGGGCGAUGGGGGUGAUCCUCUACGAGUUUCUGAUCGGCUGCGCUCCGUUCUUUGGAGACACGCCGGAGGAGCUGUUCGGACAGGUGAUAAGCGAUGAGAUCGUUUGGCCUGAGGGAGAUGAAGCUUUGCCUUCAGACGCUCAGGACCUGAUCUCCAACCUCCUGAGACAAGACCCUCUGGAGAGACUGGGAACAGGUGGAGCUCUGGAGGUGAAGCAGCAUCUCUUCUUCUCUGAUUUGGACUGGAACAGUUUACUGCGACAGAAGGCGGAGUUCAUCCCCCAACUCGAGUCUGAGGACGACACCAGCUACUUUGACACUCGGUCCGAUCGGUUCCAGCACCUGGACUCUGAGGAGGACGAGGACACGAACGAUGAAGAAACCGUCGAGAUCCGACAGUUCUCCUCCUGCUCCCCCCGAUUCAGCAAGGUUUACUCGAGUCUGGAGCGUCUUUCUCUGGAUGGAGAGAAAAGGACGACUCCUCCUCCGUCCAAACGCAGCCUCAGUGAAGACACUGACCUACGAAGGGCACAGGACCGAGGACAGAGGACACCAGACCGAGGAGGGACACUCGGGUCUCCUGACAACCUGAGGAAGCGUCUCUCGAUCUCGGACUCGUCUCACACGGAGAGCGAUUCGUCGCCACCUCUGACCGUUCGCCGCCGCUGCAUCUCGGCGCUCAUCGCCAACGACAGCGGAGGCGUCAGUAAAAGUCCAAGUUUCCUGAAGAGCCAGAAGUCUGAGGAUCUUCCAGCCUCCAUCCCAGAGACGCCUGGACCCGGUCUGGACCUGUCUGGGUCUGGGUCUGGGUCUGGGUCCAGGUCUGGGUCUGGAUCCGGGUCCGGUUCUGGUCUGGAGCCUGUGAAGAAAGCUCUGAGUCUGGACGAGUCUCUGGUCUCAGUGAGCGGCUCCAAACCAGACUCUCCCUCUGCCCCUGACUCCGCCCCUGACCAGACUGACUCCGCCCCUCACCAGACUGACUCCGCCCAUAAACCCAAGAUCGCCGCGGCGCCCAAAACUUCUGACCCUUUUCUUAAACCUGAAGCCCGCCAAACACCCAGCUCCGCCCACCAAACACCCAGCUCCUCCCACCAAACACCCAGCUCCGCCCACCAAACACCCAGCUCCUCCCACCAAACACCCAGCUCCUCCCACCAAACACCCAGCUCCGCCCACCAAACACCCAGCUCCUCCCCUAAAUGCCCUGACUCCUCCCUCAGAACCCUGACUCCACCCCUAAACACCCUGACUCCUCCCUCAGAACUCCUGACUCCACCCCUAAACCUCCUGACUCCACUCCUAAGCGCCCUGACUCCUCCCUCAGAACUCCUGUCCGCCCCCAGAGCCACAAGUGACCUGGCGGCGCGUCGUGCUCGUCACAGACUUCUGUCUGGAGACGCCGAGAAGCCGCAGCCUCAGGCCACGCCCACCGUCUUCAGCAAGGUCAUAAAGUCCGCCUCCUCCUCGGCGCUGUCCCUCAUGAUCCCCUCAGAUCACCAUGGAGUGUCCCCAUUGGCCAGCCCGAUGUCGCCGCACUCUCUCUCGUCCAAUCCGUCGUCUCGAGACUCGUCGCCGAGUCGUGACCUGUCGCCGGCGGUGACCUGCGCCCGCCCCCCCCUCACCAUCCACCGCGCCGGCAAAAAGUAUGGCUUCACCCUCCGCGCCAUCCGGGUCUACAUGGGCGACAGCCACGUGUACGCCGUGCACCACAUGGUCUGGGAGGUGGAGGAGGGGGGUCCGGCGCACGAGGCGGGGCUCAGAGGAGGAGACCUGAUCACCCACGUGAACGGAGAGGCCGUGCACGGACUCGUGCACACGGAAGUGGUGCAGCUCAUCCUCAAGAGCGGUUCUAAAGUGUCGAUCUGUGCGACUCCGUUCGAGAACACGUCGAUUCGAGUCGGACCUGCGAGAAAAACCCACAAACGACACAAGAUGUUCCGACGCAGCAACAAGAGAGAGGGACCCGACAGUAAGAAGAAGUCGUCUCUGUUUCGCCGCAUCACGAGGCAGUCGUCUCUGCUCCACACGAGCCGCAGCCUCUCGUCUCUGAACCGCUCGCUGUCGUCAGGAGAGAGCGGCCCCGCCUCCCCCACCCACCUGUCCCCGCCCACCCAGGCCCACAGGUGCACACCUGACUCCGCCCACUCAGGUGGUUCUCCUCAGAGCUCCUCCCCGACCUCAUCGGUGCCGAACUCCCCGGCGGCCAUCAGCACUUUGCUGAUUUUUGCAAGUUGUAACGUUCCUUCAGUGAGCGGCUCCAAACCAGACUCUCCCUCUGCCCCUGACUCCGCCCCUGACCAGACUGACUCCGCCCCUCACCAGACUGACUCCGCCCAUAAACCCAAGAUCGCCGCGGCGCCCAAAACUUCUGACCCUUUUCUUAAACCUGAAGCCCGCCAAACACCCAGCUCCGCCCACCAAACACCCAGCUCCUCCCACCAAACACCCAGCUCCGCCCACCAAACACCCAGCUCCUCCCACCAAACACCCAGCUCCUCCCACCAAACACCCAGCUCCGCCCACCAAACACCCAGCUCCUCCCCUAAAUGCCCUGACUCCUCCCUCAGAACCCCUGACUCCACCCCUAAACACCCUGACUCCUCCCUCAGAACUCCUGACUCCACCCCUAAACCUCCUGACUCCACUCCUAAGCGCCCUGACUCCUCCCUCAGAACUCCUGACUCCGCCCCCAGAGCCACAAGUGACCUGGCGGCGCGUCGUGCUCGUCACAGACUUCUGUCUGGAGACGCCGAGAAGCCGCAGCCUCAGGCCACGCCCACCGUCUUCAGCAAGGUCAUAAAGUCCGCCUCCUCCUCGGCGCUGUCCCUCAUGAUCCCCUCAGAUCACCAUGGAGUGUCCCCAUUGGCCAGCCCGAUGUCGCCGCACUCUCUCUCGUCCAAUCCGUCGUCUCGAGACUCGUCGCCGAGUCGUGACCUGUCGCCGGCGGUGACCUGCGCCCGCCCCCCCCUCACCAUCCACCGCGCCGGCAAAAAGUAUGGCUUCACCCUCCGCGCCAUCCGGGUCUACAUGGGCGACAGCCACGUGUACGCCGUGCACCACAUGGUCUGGGAGGUGGAGGAGGGGGGUCCGGCGCACGAGGCGGGGCUCAGAGGAGGAGACCUGAUCACCCACGUGAACGGAGAGGCCGUGCACGGACUCGUGCACACGGAAGUGGUGCAGCUCAUCCUCAAGAGCGGUUCUAAAGUGUCGAUCUGUGCGACUCCGUUCGAGAACACGUCGAUUCGAGUCGGACCUGCGAGAAAAACCCACAAACGACACAAGAUGUUCCGACGCAGCAACAAGAGAGAGGGACCCGACAGUAAGAAGAAGUCGUCUCUGUUUCGCCGCAUCACGAGGCAGUCGUCUCUGCUCCACACGAGCCGCAGCCUCUCGUCUCUGAACCGCUCGCUGUCGUCAGGAGAGAGCGGCCCCGCCUCCCCACCCACCUGUCCCCGCCCACCCAGGCCCACAGGUGCACACCUGACUCCGCCCACUCAGGUGGUUCUCCUCAGAGCUCCUCCCCGACCUCAUCGGUGCCGAACUCCCCGGCGCCGGGUCACGCCGCGGGUCACGCCGCGGGUCACGCGCGCGGUCACGCGGGUCAGCCGCGGGUCACGCCGCGGGUCACGCCGCGGGUCACGCCGCGGGUCACGCCGCGGGUCACGCCGCGGGUCACGCGGGUCCGCGGGUCACAUCAGGCCCAGCUCUCUGGCGGGUUUGGGGCAUAAGCUUCAGCGUCAGUACCGUUCUCCUCGGAGGAAAUCUGCGGGGAACAUCCCUCUGUCGCCGCUCGCCCGCACGCCGUCUCCACCCCCUUCGGCCGGGACGCCACCGCGCUCGCCCUCCCCUCUACCGCCCGGCGCCACGUUCCCGGUGUCACUUCGUUCUUCGCCCCCUGUCGCCCGGCAGGUGUCCCCUGUCACUCGGCAGGUGUCCCCUGUCGCCCGGCAGGUGUCUCGCCCUAAAAGUGGGGACUCCCCUCGCUCGCCCCUGCUGAAGAGAGUCCAGUCUGCAGACAAACUGUGUGUGAGCGCCCCCUGUGCCCCGAGCCCCGGACCUGCACCCGGAACCGGAACCGCACCCGGACCUGCACCCGGAACCGGAACCGCACCCGGACCUGCACCCGGAACCGGAACCGCACCCGGACCCGCACCCGGACCUGCAGCCGGACCCGCACCCGGACCUGCACCCGGACCCGCAGCCGGACCCGCAGCCGGACCCACAGCUGGACCCACAGCCGCCCCCACCCGGAAACCGGGCCUGGACCCAACUCACAGUCUGCAGACUGUUCUAACCCGGUCCCCGUCUCUGGUGCAGGACUCGUCUCUGGUGCAGGACUCGUGUCUGGACCCUGGACCUCCUUCGGUCCCGGAGCCGCCGUCGGUCCGGUCUCAGUCCAAACUGAAGGACAAACUGUCGACGAUUCGCCAGGACCGAGCCGAGCGCCGCGAGUCUCUGCAGAAACAAGACGCCAUCCACGAGGUCGACUCCUCCGAGGACGAAGACCCGGACUUCUGUAGACCCGGGACUAAACCUGGACCAGACACCGGACCGGAGAUCAUCCGGACCGGACCGGGCGGGACUCUGCCGUCUCUAUGUCUGUCCCCGUCCCCGCAGCUCGCCACGUUCAGCCCCGCCCCUCCUCAGCUGACCCCGCCCCCUCGGCCCCAGGGGGCAGAGUUCUGCUCGAGACUCGGGAGCGCCUUCAAAACGGUCAAGAGGAGCCCAGAACCCAGAGCCGCCACCGCCGCUGGCACUUUCGCCAAACCACUGCCACCAAAGACCCAACCCGCCCCCGACAGACAGACUCAGACCGGACCGGGACCUGAGACCAGACCAGAGACCAGGCUGGAGACCAGACCUGAGUCUUUCUCUAAACCACCGCCCCCUGAAGCUGAAGCUCCUCCUUCAGUGUUUCCUCCAGACCGAAGCUCCGCUCGUCUUUGCACAGAGAAAGUCUCAGCGGAGGGAAAGAAACUCAAUGGAACUUUUUCAGAAACGGAGAUCAGCUCGAGACCCAGACCAGAUCCGAGACCAGGUCUGAGUCCAGGACUUGACCCAGGACUGAGUGUUUCUGCUGGUUUGACCUCGUCUCUAAAAACAGGAACCACUUUUGAGUCAGACUCAGCGAAAAAAACCCGUUCAGAGUCCACACCUGGUCCUGGUCCUGGUCCUGAUCCAGGUCCAGGUCCUGAUCCAGGUCCAGGUCCAGGUCCAGGUCCUGGUCCUGGUCCUGGUCCAGAGUCCAGACCCGGUCCCAGUCCAGUGUCAUCUCCAGGUUUGUCCAAAAGGAAGAAGGACGCAGACAAUCGCAGACUCUCGGCUCAGAUCUCGAGUCGGGAAUCGUCGGUGAAAAGUGUUUUGGCUCCGGUGACGCUUAAGAGCCAGGACCGCACCUGUCUAUACCUGAGCACCUGUCUAAGCUUGACAGGCGCAAAGGCUGAAGAAGAACCAGAAGCUCCUGCGGCUCAAAGAGGAACGCAGAAACCCUCCAAAACCGGGCCCCAGGAUUCUGGAGCACAACAAACCAGAGCCGACCCGAAAAAGGACCAAAAGGAACCGCAGGAGCAAACGGAACCGCAGGAGCAAACGGAACCGCAGGAGCAAACAGAACCGCGGGAGCCCGGCUCAGUCUGAGUCCGAGAGGUUCUGAGAGGUUCUGCUUUGCUGGAGAAGCUCAGAACCUCAAACUUCAAACAUUUCACACCUCAGUCCUGAACUCACCGCCGAACUCACCACCGCCGCCGCAUCUGCGCACAGCUAACGUGCUAACUCGCUAACGUGCUAACCCGCUAACGUGCUAACCCGCUAACGUGCUAACCCGCUAGCCACGGCAGUUUGAUUGACAGCGUUGCGAGGGGGCGGUGCAUCUGCAGUCUGGCUCCUGAUUGGCUCUUUGUUUGUUCUGAUCCUCGUGGUUGGAGUCGAGCUCUGGAUUCGCCGCCGUCGAUGCUCCUGCGGCGACGUCACGCCGGGCCAGGGGGGCGGGGGGAGGGGGGGGUCUACGUCUGUGUCUAUGGUGGAAUGUUGAGCGGUUGCCGCGGUGACCCGACGCACACGUCAGGAAGCUGAAGCCUCAGAUUAAAGCGUGGCUCUGGUUUCUCGUCCUGGUCGGACUCUGAAGCGGCGUCUGAUUGGCCGACGCUGGUCACACGGCAGCGGCGGUUUUUGCCAAACAAAAUGUCCGCCGCGUCUUUGCACUUUUCCUGGUUCUUUUGUCGCUGUUUUCUUUUGCUCUGAAUGUUCCAGAAUGUGUUUUUUAUUUGUUUACAUUUGUCUGAGACUUUGGGAGAAUCCUGCUCUGGAAACUUUGAACGCUUCAGGUCCACACAGACCUGAGGAACGCUGCACCAGGUCCACCAGGUCCAUCAUCUCCAUCAUCUCACCAUGUUCUACAAAGAUUUAAAGAUUUGUUUGAAAAGUUGGAGUCGUUUCUGGAGCUGAAACUUCUGACCUGAAGAAAAAAAGAAACGACUUUUAGAAACAAGAAACACACACUUCUCUUUGUGUGUGUGUGUGUGUGUUUGGACCUGUGUGUGUUGUGUGUGUUUGGACCUGUGUGUGUUGUGUGUGUUUGGACCUGUGUGUGUGUGUUGUGUGUGUUUGGACAUGUGUGACUGGAUCGUUGUGUGUGUGUUUGGACCUGUGUGUGUGUUGUGAGGACAUGUGUGUGUUGUGAGGACAUGUGUGACUGGAUCUUGUGUAUGUGUGUGUGUUUGGACGUGUGUGACUGGAUAGUUGUGUGUGUUGUGAGGACCUGUGUGACUGGAUAGUUGUGUGUGUUGUGAGGACCUGUGUGUGUUUGGACCUGUGUUUUGUGUGAUUGGAUCUUGUGUGUGUGUGUUGUGUGUGUGUUUGGACCUGUGCGUGUGUGUGUUGUGAGGACGUAUGUGACUGGUUCUUGUUUUGUGUGUGUUGUGAGGACGUUUGUGUGUGUUGUGAGGACAUGUGUGACUGGUUCUUGUUGUGUGUGUGUGUUUGGACCUGUGUGUGUGUUGUGAGGACACGUGUGACUGGUUCUUGUUGUGUGUGUGUGUGUUUGGACCUGUGUGUGUGUUGUGAGGACAUGUGUGACUGGUUCUUGUUGUGUUUGUGUGUUUGGACCUGUGUGUGUGUUGUGAGGACAUGUGUGACUGGUUCUUGUUGUGUGUGUGUGUUUGGACCUGUGUGUGUGUUGUGAGGACAUGUGUGACUGGUUCUUGUUGUGUGUUCUCUGUUGGACUCUGGAGAUUUUAAAGUUUGAUUUUGUUGUGAUGUUUGUGUUUGUCCUGAAGGAGGCGCCGCUUUUCAAUAAAACCACAAAACCAAAAGAUUUUUACAGAAAACCACAAAAACAAAAGGACUCUGGGCUUGAUUUUUUGCACAACUACACACAAACGCACAACUACACACAAACUACAAACGCACAACUACACACAAACUACAAAUGCACAACUACACACAAACUACAAACGCACAACUACACACAA